AUGAGUAUGCUAGCAUCAGCACCGCUCGCUGUACAUUGGCAUCACUCACUGCAAAGUCCACUCUACGCCUCCUCAGCAUCAUCUUCCGCCUUGCGUCAGCUUCCCUACGAACCCCGUCCGGCCUUCUUCUCAGCCUCUGACGCCAAAGUUUCCAGUCCACAUGGACACGUCAUCACAGACUUGGAGAAUCGCAGCGUCAUGUCGAUGUCAAGACCACACACGUCUGGAACUACCACAGCCGCACCACCCCAACCACCAAUCCCCGAAGCUGGCCGCGUACAUCCACGAUCAAACAUGUACAAGGAGCGCCCUCGCUUUGAGCAAGGCAGUGUCAAUUCAACCUCUUCAACGCAGGGCGAAGCGAAGCCGCAUUCUCUUGAAGACUUCGAGCACAGCCGCUCCACACUCUCUCCAUCGCUACAAUCAGACUACAGCCUCCAAAAAUGGACCUCUCCCCACCCAUCAUCCUUCAACCCCUCAAUUUCCACCUUCGAGGAUUGUUCUUCCACUACCACUUCUUCGACCUUGAAUUCCAACCCCGAGUCUUCUACGCAGCAGCGCAUAGCAUACCUCCAAAUCCUAACGCUCCUGACCGGAAUGCUAGCUCAAGCCAACGCCGACGAGACACCUUUUCCUCAGCAGUUCUACGACUUCUUGAUUUGGAAUGGAGGGGAUCAGAGAUUUCAUGAUGGAGCGGAUUAUGAGGCGGGAAAAAAACAAUGCUGCUGGAUGGAUAUGGGACUUGUACGAAUCUCGACCACUUGCGGCAAUGAACUCGUUGUGCAGAGCUCAACAUACCCGCUUUCCUCAGACUCAGUGUGCAAGGGAGAGAAUGAAAACGCUCUGGCAGCCGACAUCCGCAAAAGCUUGGUCAAGGGAUCCGCGAAUACAGCGAAUGGAUUUUCAGAUUUUGAGGAUAGCCCGGUGAAUCGACGGGAUGGACUUUUGAAACUGUUAAGGAAUGCUUGCGAGGGGUACGGGAAAGGCAGGAUUGAGGCUGAUCUUUAUCAGUGCCAAUUCAUUGAUCUGCCUCACCCGGUUGAUGGCGCCACACAUUCUCUAAACCGAACAUCUGCAACUCAGCAGAAGACUCCUCAGUCACCAUCACUUCACGAGAAAUCCAAGUCAAGGGAAGACAGCAAGAAACUACGGCAUCAUCACAUCAUGAUGAACACUAUGACAAGCCACGAGGCUUCGAAGAGUCCUCGCAAGCACCAUAAGAUAAGGACGUUGAGAGAAAGAAAUGACAGCGAAGACGGCAUGCAUCAACGACAGCUUCAUGGGCCAGGGUUAAAUCAUGUCAUGAUAGGAAAUAAUAUGCAACAUUCGAAGCUUGAGAAAAAGGAAAAUCACAGCAGAGACGACAUCAACGACAUCUUCCAACGCAACAAAAAUCAUAAAGAUGCUACCGAUCCUAUCGUGUGA